GCUGGAGAAGCCUCCGGAAGCCUGCGUCCAGGCCAGAGCAGACUGGACGGUGCACUGGCCUCCUCCGGCUGCGGGGAGGGUCUUUGCGCACACUUCCACUUAGUGGGCACCAGGGCUGGGCCUCCAGGCCUCUGAGCGAGACUUCCACUUUCCUCCGCCCCGCCUCCCGGGCCCUGCCAGGCAGACGAAUCAGAAGGCAGGCCCAGGGACCGGCUCCCUUGGGCAGGACCUGCUGGGCUCCGUGGAGCUAACCAGCACCAUCAGGAAGUGCACAGCUUUCCUCCUGGGCUCUGCCGGCCGGCCUGCAACACCUCCUCCUGUUCGUCAGAUCGGGCUGGCCCAGGGUGGCCAGCGCCCCACCGUGCAGGUGCCCCUCCAGGACCCUGAGGUAGGUGGGACUGCUGCCCCUUCUGAAGGUGCCAGGAAGACACCUCUCUGCUCAGGGCUCCUGGGGCAGGGAGCCGGGUGCUGGGGCACCUGCCCCAGAAGGGCAGCAAGUGGCCUCAACUCUUCUGCCCUGUCCGCCUUCACAGCCACGUGGUACCUGCUGGUCCGUCUCAGGGGACUUAGCAGCAGGGUGUCCGGUAUGGGACUUGUGGAUUUUAGGCAGGAGAGGCGGGGAGCGGGCUGAACGUUCCAAGGGCCACCCACCGAGUGCUGGUGUGUGUCUCUGGCUGGAUGGGAUGACCGAGGGCCACGGGAAGUCGGAGAAACUCCUGCAAAGACGCCGCCUGCUGCCACCUGGACCUCUGGGAGCGUGGUCUAGCCCCUCUGAGCUGGAAACCACGUUCCCACGCUGGCUGAGAGCGCUCUGGGGCGGCGGCGGGUCAGUGUCUCCGUCCCCACCACCAGGAGGAGGCUUCUGGUUUGGCCCAGGCCUCAGAGAGUGGUUCCCGCCCCCGCUGGUGGAAGGGAGCAGCAGUGGGUGGUCCCAACACGGAUGGCCCCCUUGUUGGGGAGCCCGAGCGCCUGGGAACAGGCUUCAUCUGGGAAGGGAGAGGAGCCCCGCGGUGGCUGGUGCCCAGGACCUGAGAGCCUGCAGAGGGCGCCCGAGCGGCUCUGGGGCUGGCCGUGGGCGAUGCGUGCAGCGGGCCUGGCUCCCCCGUGGGCGGUCCACAGUCGCCCUUCCGGAGCGAGCCGCCUGGACCACUGUUGCACCACCAGCCAGCCGCCGGAAGGAGGAGGCGGUGGGGCUAAGCUCUGAGCGGCCGCCAGGUCCAGGAAGGAGGAAGUCCCCCACAGCCCUGCCUGGCACGCACGGGCGGGCGGGUCACUGUCCCAGGGUUGCCGCCCCAGCCUGGGUGCCUGUCUCCCCACACGUGCCCGGGGGGCGCUGCCGGUGGGUAGGAGGCGGUGGCCCACCAGCCCCACGCUUCCAGGAUGGGGAGUGCAGAGUCCAGAGCAGGGCCACGGUGUGGGGCGUGCAGUGUUCUCAGACGCCACCCAUCCCUGGAGCCCUCCACGUCUUCCUCCACUCUCAUCAGGGCGACCCGGGGACGGGAAAAGCCCAUGCGCCGGGGGGGCGGGGGGCGGGCAGCAGGGCCCAGAGAGGGCCGCCCUGGCUGAGCUGGUGCCCCAGGUCACAGCACCAGCACCGAGGAGGGACAGGUGAGGCCGCACACCUGUCCUGGACACCCCCGGCCGGGCCCGGCCUGUGGCUGCCCCUCCCAGCAGUUCUCCCACCGACCACAGCCGUGGCCACCGCCAUGUCAGACUACGAGAACGAGGACCAGUGCUGGAAUGCUCUGGAGAGCUUCCGCGUGAAGCUCAUCUCCGUCAUCGACCCCUCACGCAUCACACCCUACCUGAGGCAAUGCAAGGUGCUGAACCCCGACGAUGAGGAGCAGGUGCUCAGUGACCCCAACCUAGUCAUCCGCAAGCGGAAAGUGGGCGUGCUCCUGGACAUCCUGCAGCGGACCGGCCACAAGGGCUAUGUGGCCUUCCUCGAGAGCCUGGAGCUCUACUACCCACAGCUCUACAAGAAGGUCACGGGCAAGGAGCCCACCCGUGUCUUCUCCAUGAUCAUCGACGCAUCCGGGGAGUCGGGCCUGACCCAGCUGCUGAUGAGCGAGGUGCUGAAGCUGCAGAGGAAAGUGCAGGACCUGACCCAGCUGCUGAGCUCCAAGGACGACCUCAUCAAGGAGCUGCGGGUGAAGGACAGCCUGCUCCGCAAGCACCAGGAGCGCGUGCAGCGGCUCAAGGAGGAGUGCGAGGCGGGCAGCCGCGAGCUCAAGCGUUGCAAGGAUGAGAACUACGACCUGGCCAUGCGCCUGGCCCGUCAGAGCGAGGAGAAGGGCGCAGCGCUCAUGCGCAGCCGCGACUUGCAGCUGGAGAUUGAGCGGCUCAAGCACAGCCUCAUGAAGGCGGAGGAUGACUGCAGGGUGGAGCGCAAGCACACACUGAAGCUCAGGCACGCCAUGGAGCAGCGGCCAAGCCAGGAGCUGAUGUGGGAACUGCAGCAGGAGAAGACUCUGCUGCAGGCGCGCGUGCGGGAGCUGGAGGCCACCCUGCAGGAGGGGAAGCCGGACAAGAGCAGUCCCUACAUCCAGGUGCUGGAGGAGGACUGGCGACAGGCACUGCGGGACCACCAAGAGCAAGCCAACACCAUCCUCUCUCUGCGCAAGGACCUGCGGCAGGGCGAGGCUCUGCGUGCCCGGUGCGUGGAGGAGAAAGAGAUGUUCGAGCUGCAGUGCCUGGUCCUACGGAAGGACUCCAAGAUGUACAAGGACCGCAUCGAGGCCAUCCUGCAGCAGAUGGAGGAGGUGGCCAUCGAGAGGGACCAGGCCAUCACCACGCGGGAGGAACUGCAUGCACAGCACUCACGGAGCCUGCAGGAGAAGGACGUGCUGCGGAAGCAGGUCCGGGAGCUGGCCGAGAAGGCAGACGAGCUACAGCUUCAGCUCUUCCAGUGUGAGGGCCAGCUGCUGGCCGUGGAGGGCAGGCUCAAGCGGCAGCAGCUGGACACGCUCGUCCUGAGCUCUGACCUGGAGGACAGCUCACCCAGGAACUCCCAGGAGCUCUCACUCCCCCUGGACCUGGAGGCCGUCCAGCUCUCAGACAAAGGCGGCCCGGCCAACAGGAACAGCCCACAGCAGCCCUUCGUGGUGCUGCAGGAGGAGCAGCUUCCACUGACCUCCAAUGACGCAGGCCCGAGCGGCGGGGAGCCCCCCGAGAAGGAGCGGCGGCGCCUCAAGGAGAGCUUCGAGAACUACCGCAGGAAGCGCGCCCUCAGGAAGAUGCAGCACGGCUCGAGGCAGGGGGAGGUGGACUGGGAGAACACCACGGGCAGCGACAACACCGACACGGAGGGCUCCUAGCCAGCCCAGCGCGCCGGGAGGACGCCGCGCCCAGCCGGAGGGGCGCAGCCGCCCAGGCGCGCCGGCGAGCACGCACCGGGACUCGCACAGGCGUGCUCUAGCUAUGCGUGCGGCAGUGUCAGAAAUGCAGUUCCAUAAAUAAACGACCGGGGUCCCGGUACCGUAGCCUCUGCUGGCCUCGCUCCCGCGUACACCUCCCAGCCGCGCGCGCACCUCCCGCCCCCAGGGGGCAGCAGAGCA